CUGACAUGUGGUCACCUGGAAGGCAUUACUUUGGCGGGAAUUUUCAGAGCAAUAUGGCGGAGUUAAGUGUUCGAAAAGAAAAACACAAUCGAAGACAAUUUUGGGCGACAUCCCUAAAAAUGGAAGACUGGGAUAUUCCCGUUGAAGAUGAUUUUGAAUCUCGGUAUGCAGAUGAAUUGGAAAUGCUCGACGAUUUUGAGGAGUUUGCUCCACCGUCAAAGAAGAGCUUGAAUUUUUCUGAUACAAUUAAUAAUGCUACUAAUGGAGGGACAGUGGACUAUGUUUGUACCAGUAAAACCACAGAACAAGCCAGCUAAAUCAAAAAAACGAGACUGUGAUGAAAUGUUCUUGCUCUCCAGUGAUGAAGAUGAGGAUGUCAGUGGACAAAAUAAACCUGAACCAGGUUUGUAAUGACAAAAUAAAUGUUAUUAGCUAAUUGAGGUGUCGAUAAAUUUUGUGCUUUAGUAUCUGAAACAUUAAAAAAGGAUAUACACUGUACAAUAACAUGGAUUACCUUUAUAGUGACAGCAGUGGCUAUUUGUAAUGAAAUUCAGAUGAAUGAAUGAAUUCUGUUCAGAGGUGGGUUACAGUUUGUUGCAAUCCUUGCAAACGAAAGAGCCAAAGGGGUUUUUGUUAACUCUGGUUUCUGAAGUGUGAAGCAUCAAGUAGUAAUACUAGUCCUGCCUGGAUAAGAUUAUAGAAAACUGCAGAUUGUCCCCCUACCCAACAUUUUGCCACUCACUGGAUAAUUUAUCAGUUCACUGAUCAAUACCCAUUAAUUUAUAAAUCCUGUUUGGAGAGGAACUGUGAGAGCAAAUCUUGCAUCAUGCCCAAGAAAACAACGCAGUAACCCUGGCCAGGCUGAAAUCCAGGCUUCUUAACCUAGAGUCCUGCGAGGUAACCAUUUUGGUUAUAAUAAUAAUUGAAGGGGUGAGUGCAAAACCAUGCUAAGUGACGAU